UUCUCGGUAACAGGAGCACUGAGUGCUAGAAGGUUUAAAAUAGAUGUCAUAUGAUACCAAUUAUAACUCAGUGAAAUUUUACAGUCCUAGGACCCUAUACAGAGCAUAAGCCAAAAUGGAAGAUGGUCCUGUUUUCUAUGGCUUUAAAAACAUUUUUAUUACAAUGUUUGCUACCUUUUUUUUCUUUAAGCUUUUAAUUAAAGUUUUUUUGGCUCUCCUAACCCAUUUCUAUAUCGUCAAAGGAAAUAGAAAAGAAGCGGCUAGGAUAGCAGAAGAGAUCUAUGGUGGAAUUUCAGAUUGCUGGGCUGAUCGAUCCCCACUUCAUGAAGCUGCAGCUCAGGGGCGCUUACUGGCCCUUAAAACUUUAAUUGCACAAGGUGUCAAUGUGAACCUUGUGACAAUUAACCGGGUGUCUUCUCUCCACGAGGCAUGCCUUGGAGGUCACGUGGCCUGUGCCAAAGCCUUAUUGGAAAAUGGUGCACACGUCAAUGGAGUGACAGUUCACGGAGCCACACCCCUCUUCAAUGCUUGCUGCAGCGGCAGUGCUGCAUGUGUCAAUGUGCUGCUGGAGUUCGGAGCCAAGGCCCAGUUCGAGGUGCACCUGGCCUCGCCCAUCCAUGAGGCAGUGAAGAGAGGUCACAGAGAGUGCAUGGAGAUCCUGCUGGCAAAUAAUGUUAACAUUGACCAUGAGGUGCCUCAGCUCGGAACUCCCCUAUAUGUGGCCUGCACCUACCAGAGGGUAGACUGUGUGAAGAAACUUCUAGAAUUAGGAGCCAGUGUCGACCAUGGCCAGUGGCUGGACACCCCACUCCAUGCUGCAGCGAGGCAGUCCAAUGUGGAGGUCAUCCACCUGCUAACCGACUAUGGAGCUAACCUGAAGCGUAGAAAUGCUCAGGGCAAAAGUGCGCUUGAUCUGGCGGCUCCAAAAAGCAGCGUGGAGCAGGCGCUCUUGCUCCGUGAAGGCCCACCUGCUCUUUCCCAGCUCUGCCGCCUGUGUGUCCGGAAGUGUCUCGGUCGAGCAUGUCAUCAAGCCAUCCACAAGCUACAUCUGCCAGAGCCACUCGAACGAUUCCUCCUAUACCAAUAGUCCUAAGUGUUCCUGGGAAGAUACUUGGAAUGACACAGAUUGUUGUCUGCUGUACCUAGAGUACCUAAUGUAGAAGCUCAACAGCUUAGACUCUUAGUAUCUUUAAAUGAGCUCAGUCGAAGUAAAUCCCCCAUGAGCUAGAACACUUGAGGAGUGGAAACUCCUGGUUAGUUUAAUGUUCUCAUUAACCAAGGGGCAAGUAGAAACCAUUUAGCUUUUAGCUCUUGUUGUUAAGAAACUUAAAAAAACUGUGAAGUAGAGUGAAAACAAUAGGCUGUUUUUUGAUGAUUCGGGAUCUUCUUGUACCUAAAAGUCAACAUUCUGAAUAUUGUAUAGACACAUAUAAAUUCAGGUGGAUAAGAUUAUAACAAAUGUUAGGUAUUCCAAGAUAUGUUCUUGAUUUAGUUCCUUCCUUCAGCCCUUCCCCACUUUUUUUCUUUCUUUCCUUGAAUAAAUCUGGUAUAAUUUUGAUUUUUUGUAUAUAUAUACACGUAUAUAUAUAUACGUGUAUAUAUACACACACACACAUGCACUCAUAUAUUUAAAGUUUUCAAAGUCCUUAAUAUAUAUAGUUCAUAUAUAUGUUUUCAAAGUCCUUAAUAUAUGUAUAAAGCUUAUAUAUAUAUGUUUUCAAAGUUCUUUAUAUAUAAAGUUAUAUAUAUUUAUAUAGACUUUAUAUAUAUAUAUACAUAUAUAAAGUUAAGGACUUCAGAAACAUUGUAGUUAACUGAGGCUUCCAGUUACUGCGGUCCUGGUUGAUAAGAGAGACUUUGGAAGAGAUCAGUGCACCCAGAGGUUGGCAUCUAUUGCUUAUUGCUUCUGAUAUUAAAUGCUGUUAUUUGAAGUAAGCAGUUCUAGGAUUGAGAACACUGGGUGUCCCCAACAACCUGAACCCACAGGUAUUGUCUGAGGCAUGUUGCAACCCAAGCACUGGCUUAUUUUCAAAGUCAAGAUGCUCAGGGUUUUUGAAAUAAUUACAUACUGAUGCCAGCCACCAAAGUGGGCUCAAUGCUGGGUCAAUAUUUUUUUCUGUGGAUAGGGGCCCAAAAUAAGCACAAAGGUAUAUAAAAAGAGACUUCUCCUUUUCUGUCUUCUCCUUCUUCUCAUUUCUCUCUCCUUCUGUCACCCCUCCUCUUCCUCUAUUCUUUCUCUUUUUUGUGAAUUUAGAACAUGGGAACUGGAUAGACUUUUAAUUAUUGUAAGUAUUACUGUCAUGGUUCAGUAUUCAGUUCUAAAAUGAAAAUUCCCUCUCAGAUCAUCCUAAGACUCAUUUCACACAUGUAUUUUUUUCCCCCAAUUUUUCUAGACCUUUGGCUCUCAACUGGAGACAAUUUUGCCCCACUCCCACUGAGACAUUUGUCAAUGUCUGCAGACAUGUUUAGUUGCAACAACUGGGGGAGAAUUGCUACUGUCAUCUAGACGGUGGAGAUCAGGGAUGCAGCUAAUCACCCUACAGUGCACAGGAGCCAGCAACAAAGAAUUAUCAGAUCUGGCCGGGCAUGGUGGCUCACGCCUGUAAUCCCAGCAUUUUGGGAGGCCGAGGCAGGCAGAUCGCACUGUCAGGAGUUCGAGAACCACCUGGCCAAUAUGGUGAAACCCUGUCUCUACUAAAAAUACAAAAGUUAGCCAGGUGUGGUGGCAGGUGCCUAUAGUCCCAGCUACUUGGGAGGCUGAGGCAGGAGAAUCACUUGAACCCGGGAGGCGGAGAUUGCAGUAAGCCAAGAUCACGCCACUGCACUCCAGCCUGGGUGACAGAGCGAGACUCCGUCUCAAAACAAAAAAAAAAAAAAAAGAAAGAAAAACAAACAAAAAAAAGAAUUAUCAGGUACAAAAUGUCAAUAGUGCCAAGAGUGAGAAACCCUUCUCUAAGCCUGUGCUAUUCAAUACAGUAGCUGCUAGCUACAUAUGGCUAAUGAGCACAGGAAUUGUGGAUAGGCUGAAUUAAGAUGUGUUGUAAGUGUAAAAUACAUAUUACAUUUUAGUGAUUGAGUAAAAAAAGAAUAUGAAAUAUUAUGAACUUUGUUUUGUUUUCUUUUUUAGACAGAGUUUCACUUUUGUCAUCCAGGCUCGAGUGCAAUGGUAUGACCUUGGCUCAUUGCAACCUCUAAGCCUGUGCUAUUCAAUACAGUAGCUACUAGCCACAUAUGGCUAAUGAGCACAGGAAUUGUGGCUAGGCUGAAUUAAGAUGUGUUGCACGUGUAAAAUACAUAUUACAUUUUAAUGACUGAGUAAAAAAAAGAAUAUGAAAUACAUGAACUUUUUUCUUUUCUUUUCUUUUUUGAGACGAAGUUUUGCUUUUGUCACCCAGGCUUGAGUGCAAUGGCACGAUCUCGGCUCACUGCAACCUCUGCCUCCCAGGUUCAAGCGAUUCUCCUGCCUCAGCCUCUGGAGUAGCUGGGAUUGCAGGCAUCUGCCACUAUGCCCGGCUAAUUUUUGGUAUUUUCAGUAGAGACGGGGUUUUACCAUGUUGGCCAGGCUGGUCUCAAACUCCUGACCUCAACUGGUCCACCUGCCUCUUCUUUUUUUGUUUUAUUUUUUAUUUUUUUGUUUUGAAAUAUUAAUAGCUUUUGAUGUUGUAUUUUUAAUUUUUUGAAAACUUCCAUACUGUUUUCCAUAGUGGUUGUAGUAAUUUACAUUCCCACCAAUAGUGUAUAAGAAUUCCCUUUUCUCCACAUCUGCACCAGCAUUUGUUAUUUUCUAUUUUUUGGAUAGCCAUUCUAACUGGGGUAAGAUGAUACCUCAUUGUGGUUUUGAUUUGCAUUUUCCUGAUGAUUAGUGAUGUCGAGCAUUCUUUCAUAUACCUGUUGGCCAUUUGUAUGUCUUUUUUUUGGAGAAAUGUCUAUUCAGAUCCUUUGCCCAUUUUAAAAUCAGAUUAUUUGUUUUGUUGUUGUCAGGUAUGAUUCAGCAAUCCCAUUACUGGAUAUUUAUCAGAAAGAAAGGAAAUCAAUGUAUGGAAGAGGUAGUUGCACCUCCAUGUUUAUUGUAGCUCUAUUCAGAAGAGCAAGAUAUGAAAUCAACUUAAAUGUCUGUCAACAGAUCAAUGGAUAAAGAAAAUGUGGUAUAUAUACAAAAUGAAAUACUAUUCAGCCUUAAAAAAGAAGGAAAUUCUGUCAUUUGCAGCAACAUGGAUGAGCCUAGAGGACAUUAUGUUAAGUAAGUCACGCACAGAAAGAUAAACACCAUAUGUUCUUGCUUACAUGUGGAAGCUAAAAAAAUUGAGCUCACAGAAACAGAGAGUAGAAUUAUGCUUAUUAGAGGCUGGGAAGGGUAGUGGGGAGGGGACAAUAGGGCAAUGUUGGUUAAUGGAUACAAAAUUAUAAUUGGAUAGAAGAAAUAAUUUCUAGUGUUUCAUAGCACUGUAGGGUAAAUGUGGUUAACAAUAAUUUAUUAUGUAUUUUCGAAAAGCUAGAAGAGAAGAUUUUGAAUGUUCAUAGCAGAAAUGAUAAAUGUUUGAGGUGAUGGAUAUGCUAAUCACCCUGAUUUGAUUACUUCUAGGUAUUAAAAUAUCACUCUGUACCCCAUAAAUAUAUACAGUUAUUACAUACCAAAUAAAAUUAAACGAAAAAACUUUUUUGCUGAUCACACAAUGAAAUAAUCUUUUCAAUAUAUUAGGUUAAAUAGAAUAUAUUAUUAAAAUUAAUUUCACUGGCUUUCUUUUUACUUUUUUAGUGUGACUAUAAUAACAUUUUACAUUACAUGUGUGGCUCACAUUACAUUUCUAUUAACAGUACUCUAGAUCAUUUUCUAAUUUUUACAAUUUUGGAAUAUCUAAUAAUCUUAAUUAGUUAAUUAUCUGGGGGGAAAAGGUUACAUUUUGAUCUUACAUCAUAUUUCCAAAACAAAUCUUGUUUUUAAAAAAAAGUUUAAAAAAUUAAAUACUGCUAUAAAAAUACUAUAAGAAAAUUACAUGAAUAUAUAUGAAAGGGAAAGCAUUUUUGAAAUAUAUCAAAGGCAGAAAGGUUAAAGGAAAAUACCGAUAAACUGGAAUACAUCAAAAAUUAUGUUGCAAAAAAUGCCAUAUAUAAAAUGAAAUGGCAAACCAAAAUAGAGGAAAACUGUAUGUGACAUUUAUAGCAGAUCAAAAGUCAAUAUUCUAGGGCAAAGGAGACUGUCAGAUCCCACCCUUAGCUUUCUCCUUUUCCCAGUGGAGAAUUUUGGUGAACAAGGAUGUAAAUAUUACCCAAACCUUCAGUAAAGUCUAAAAUGUAUAUGAUACCUUGUGCAUUUUUUAGAAGAUAUUAAGGAAAGAACCUAGAUUAUUUAUCUGGCUCUACAUGCUAUAAUAUAUGUAUUGCAUGACGUGGUGGCAAAACAAUAUGUAAACUUACCUGUUUCAGGUGGGAUCAAAUUCUCCUUCUAUGAGAGAUGUGACGAGAAAAACUGAAGAGUGUUUGCAAACCUUAGGAAAGUCAAUUUUCACAAAUCUUGAGGAAGGUACAGCGUAAGUCCAAUGGCCAUGAAAGGAGGUACAAUUCAAUGUGCCCCAAAUAUUGAAGGGCAGAAUGAUCUCAGCUGAUAUCUACAUUUCAACAUAUAAAGAGUUCAUUUACAAAUCAAUAAGAAUAAUAUAGGUUCAUGAACAGAAAUAUUAGCAAAGGGAAUGAAUAGUAAACUUAUCAAAUAACAUACAAAUAAAUAGUCAUAAGAAUGUUAAAGAUGGAAAAUUGAUUGAAAGAAAGGAUGGAUUUGAAACAGGAUGAGGAGCCAUUUGAGCCAUCAUUAGCCAUGGAACGAUCAAAGAGGAAAGAACGGACAGUCUGUUCCUAUCAUAGAACGUUUAGGAAUUGGAGGCUUUCCUUCAAAGUGUUCUCGCGAGUGCAUUUUUUUUUUUUUUUUUUUUGGUCAUCUGGGAUCUUGCUGAAUGUCUGAGUACUGUGUUAAGCCCCGGGAGGCUCUAGGACAUUCAACCAGUCUGUGACCCCAGGAAAGUGUUCCAUUGCCCACUGCAACUGCAGACCGUGGAUGCCACAAAUCAUUUAUAUGGACCUCCCAACACUGGUAGGACUGUAUUUCUGUUGGGGGAGGAGGUGGCACUCAAAUCCUUAACAACCAUUCACCAGAAUCCAUCUGAUUGUCCAGGUCCCUGAAUCCUAGAGUGGUGCCGAUGUCUUACAAUUUAUGAAUGAAUGUAUUAGACAAGAGGUAAUCUUUAAGUUCCUUUUAAGGCCUAAUCCAUUAAGCUAUAUUUAGACCAUCAGACUAAUCAUCUGGUUUUUAUGACAUUAUUUUGUUACCAACUUUAAAUCCAGGUUUGUUCUGCUUGCAUGCAGUAAACCAAUCACUGUGACACGGGUUUUGCAAAAGAGAAAAGAUUUAUUCACAAGGCUGCCAAGCAAGAAAGCAGGAGAACAGCGCUCAAAUCCACCUUCCCAAAGAUAAGCCUUAGCUAUAUUUACGGCUUAGGGAAGUGGGGUGGUCUAAGGCAUGGGGAAAAGUAAUUGACAGUGGGGAUAAAAGUAACAGGUUUAUUCUGUGCAAGCAUAGCCAGGGUUCAUGCCAUUACAUAGGACAUAUAAACCCAAAAUAGUGGCAUUAGCAUGAUCUGAGGGUGGCAUUUUUGGUCUUCUGACAUUCAGAAGGCCAUUUCUCAGGCACUUGUGGAGGCCUAGUUGAAGAGCCAGUGGCCUUAACUGGUUUGAACUGGACAGGAGCUGGCCCAAGUUCCUGAAAAACAACUGAAGCAAUCAUUACUGUGGUGAACUAUGAAUGUUAUUUAUAAAGUAGCCAGUGAAGGUUAAGUUUCAGAGUUCAGCAGGGUGGCAUUCAACUACUGUAGCCUUCAGCUUCAUGAAAAAAGAAAAGAAAUAACAAAAAGCAAGCCACCAAAAGCAAGCAGGGCGGACAGACCUGAUCAAAUUAACCCUUCGGUUUCCAUUUUGCCUGCGGUUUGGGGUUCUUAGAUACUAAUACAGAUUAUUUCACUUUUUACACUAUAUGGGAUGUUUUUUUCCCAAAACAGUAUAUUUUUACAAUUUCAGUCAUAUUUGAAGUGCCCUAAGAUAGCUUCUCAAUUAAUUCCUUUAAUACAUUUUUUACUCGGCAUCUACUAUGUGCCAGACACUGUAGAACAUUGUGAAAGACAGACAUGCUGUUUGCUUCCAAAAAACUCAUGUGUUAGUGAGGACAACAGGGAAUAAACAAUACAAAUAUAAUAUCAUAUCAGGAAGUGAUAAAAAGAAAAGUAAAGCAGAUUAAAGAGUGAUGAAAGAGGCUUACUAUUUUAGAUAAGCUGAUUAGGCAAGGUCCCUGGCAGGGUGACUGAAUUUUGGAAUAACUAACUACUCACAUAUGUAUAUAAUAUUUAUUAGUUAACUUUUACUGUUAAGAUUUUUCAGUAUUUUCAGUGCAUCAUAUUUUUUAUUCCUUUGCCUGAUUUAACAUAGAUAUCCUAUUAUAAAAGUAUCUAUGAUUCCGGCUUUUCCCAUAAACCAUAUUGUAAUGAUUUUCUGUUUCAAACCCUUUGGGACAACCUUUUAAAAUAUAUCAUAUUCCUUAAGUAUUUCCAUAUUGUCAGAUACUUAAAUUAUUUCUAGUUUCUUGCUAUUAUAGAUAACAUUGAUGUCAACCUCAUUUUAAAAUAAAUCUUCAAAAAUGUUUGAAGUAUUUCUUAGAUUUCCAGAAGUGUGGUUUACAUAUAAAAACUAUUUAAAAUAAUAGUUUAAAAUAAUUUAAAAUAUAUACACAAUGAAUCAUUUUAAGGAAUGAAUAUUUUCAUAACCAAAUACCCAAUAUUGCCUAUCCAUAAACCAUCUGACUAUGUCUAUGUAGACAUAUAUGUAUUUACCAUCUAUUUAGCUAGCUAUUACUUAUAUGACUGUAUCAGUCCAUCAUCUACCUUUACCUUUUAUUUAAAAAAAAUAGGCUGGUCGCGGUGGCUCACGCCUGGAAUCCCAGCACUUUGGGAGGCCACGGCGGGCGGAUCACGAGGUCAGGAGAUCGAGACCAUCCUGGCUAACACGGUGAAACCCCGUCUCUACUAAAAAAUACAAAAAAUUAGCCAGGCGUGUUGGCGGGCACCUGUAGUCCCAGCUACUCGGGAGGCUGAGGCAGGAGAAUGGCGUGAACUCGGGAGGCGGAGCUUGCAGUGAGCCAAGAUCGCACCACUGCACUCCAGCCUGGGCAACAGAACAAGACUACGUCUCAAAAAAUAAAAAUAAAAAAUAAAAAAUAAGCUUGCUAUGUCACUUGAAGAUUUAAGUCUCAACACCUUCUAAAUUCCUUAAAUUAUUUAAAUGUUUAGGUAUGUAAUCCAACGUCUCUAAUUUUGGUUCACAUUUGAUUAAGGAACUGUUUCUCCCAAAGUAAUUCUCCUGUCUUUUAUUUCUAAUAUUGCUUUGUCAAAUAAACAGGAGGUUUGUACAUGAAUCUUUUUUCAGUAACAAUGCUCAUUGCUGAGAAGAUUUUAUGAAUUGAACGCAAAGAGAAUAGCUGACACUUCAGAGACAUCGCCUGAAGCUGCCAUGGUGAGGGAUGAAUCGCUGAAUAACCACAACUUGUCGGGGAGGAUGCUCUCCACACUGCAGGACUUCACGUUUUUACCCAUUGCAUUAUCACUGCCAGGGGCUGCACUUGCAUGGAUAUAUUCCAUUUGCAUAUGGAAUACAUCAUCUCCUUCCCUUAGCAGAGCCUGUACCAGGACAAAUACACAGAUCAUACUUGAAAUAGUAGCUUCUUAUUUUAACAAAUUUGCUUGUAAACAAAUGUACACCAGGUCUUAAUUUCCAUUUAUUAAUUUUUCUUCUCCCACCGUUGUUAUAUCUUGAAGUUUCCAGCUUACAAAAAAUUUUCAAUAAAACAAUUAAUAUCUGUA